GCUGCUCGAAGAAUAUUUCCAUUUCUACCCUCUUCUCGCCUCCACCCGCCGCCGCCGCCGUCGCCGUCGCCGCAGCCAUGGCGUCCCGGCGCUGCCUCCUCCGCCUCCUCUCAAGCCGCCUCGUCCCUCAGAGAUCUCAACCUCUUGCACCGGUCUCGAUCGCGACCCGGACCCUGACCUCUUUGUCCGAGCCCCUCGGCCCCCCUACUCCCCGCGACCUCGCCUCCCUCCGGCUCUACCACCCUUCGCGCUGCCACUUCGCGACCCGCUCGUCUGGCGACGAAGAGGACGAUGGCGAGCACUACGACGACGAGGGGAGCGAGGACGAGUGGGGGGAGGAGGAGGCGAUGGCGGCGAAGAAACCGAGCGGGAAGACGGAGGAAGAGAAAGUAGCGGAGGCUGCGGAGAUAGGGUACAAGGUGUUGGGAUCGCUCGGGGCCGACGAGAAACCCUUCAAGCCCUACGAGCCCGCCUUCGCCGUCGUCCAGAUUGGCUCGCAUCAGUUCAAGGUGAGCAACGGCGAUUCCAUCUUUACGGAGAGGUUGAAGUUUUGCGAUGUGAAUGACAAGUUGAUCUUAAACCGAGUUCUCAUGCUUGGUUCGCAAACUCAAACAGUUAUUGGGAGGCCAAUUCUUCCUGAUGCCGCUGUUCAUGCUGUUGUAGAAGAGCAUGCCCUAGAUGCAAAAGUGAUCAUAUUCAAGAAGAAACGGAGAAAAAAUUACCGCCGAACAAAGGGUCACCGUCAGGAAUUGACAAAACUGAGAAUAACCAGCAUUGAAGGAAUAGACAAGUCAGAGACUGUUGCUGCUGCUGUCUAAAUUCGGGUCGAUGAAGGAAGGAACAGUGCCUUUUGUUUAUGUCGGCGAUGCCCAGGCAAUCCUUAAGGCUGGUCUUAGAAGUUCAAUCAGAGCUUGAUAUUUGAUACCAGUGUACUGUUGCUUCUUUUCUUGUUCAUUCAAAGAUUAAAUGAAAGAUGAAGUCUUGUCCCAGCAUCUCACACUAUGCCAAUGUUUUGAGCAGUUUGGGUCCUCUGCUGUGGAUCGGCUGUCAUAGUUUACAGUGACGCUGAUUUUCCAUUUGUUUGCGCUACCUGUUCUGCGUUCAUCCUUUAAUGUGUCCCGAUACAUCAGUGCCAUGUAAUAAUGAAACUGUAAUGUUUCGUUUC